AUGUCCUUCCGCGAUGAAGCCAUAGGACUAUGUAUUCGAAUAUCUGCUGCGGCUGUAAUUACCUAUUUUUCUGUCAAAUAUAUGGUCCGAUUCCUCGAUCCCAAUCAUGCGUUAAAACAAGAAGCAAAGAAGAAGGUAAGGCGAUUUUGUAAUUCAAGGAAUAAUGUUGAUUUAUGUUAGAAAGACUAUAUUGUGCAUGAUUAUUUAGGUACAAGAACUUCUUGAACGCCUCCAAAUAGAAUUUCCAGUUGAAUUAAAUGAAUAUGAGCUUCGAAUUGCUACACAGUUGGUGACUCCAGAAGAAGGUGCGUCAUGGUCUGAAGUUGGAGGACACGAUGAUAUUAUUAAGGAACUCAGAGAACGAGUAAUUAAUCCCCUCAGGGCAAAAGCGGCCGGUCGAUUGCCAAACUCAAGUCUUUUCAACCCAGCCAAGGGAAUUUUACUUUACGGACCCCCUGGCUGUGGGAAGACCUUAUUGGCUAAGGCGGUUGCCAGGGAUGUCGAGGCCCGUUUCCUACACCUAGAUUUAUCAGCUUUAACUGAUAAGUGGUAUGGAGAGUCACAGAAAUUGGCAGCGGCUGUCUUUUCGUUGGCCAAAAAAUUGCAGCCGUGCAUUAUCUUCAUUGACGAGAUUGGUGAGUGUUAUAUUUUUGAUCUUUUAUGAGUUUUAUUUAGAUUCAUUCUUAAGAAAUCGUCAAAUGUCAGAUAACGAAGCUACAGCCAUGAUGAAGGCCCAAUUUAUGAGUCUCUGGGAUGGAUUUGCUUCAGGUGAUGACAUUAUAAUUGUCAUGGGUGCUACAAACCGACCGUUUGAUCUAGAUGAAGCUAUUUUGAGAAGAAUGCCUACAAGAUUUGCCGUAUCGUUACCGGUAAGUGACAAGGUUCCUGUUCGAUUCUUUAGAAUGAGAAAGCUCGAAGUUCAAUAUUAAGAGCGAUUCUGCGGGACGAGAGUGUGGCCGCAGAUCUUGACUAUGAUGUAAUAGCAAAGUGCACUCCAAAAUUAUCUGGCGCUGAUUUGAAGGAAGUCUGCAGAUUGGCAGCUCUAAGCCGACUAAACGAAAUUGGAGGUGUUGGGUUGUAAGUCGGUUCCAGUUUGACGACGUUCUUUCUAGGUACGAAGAUAUUUCGAUCCGACAAGAAGACAUGUUGGAGUCAAUCAGAAAAUAUUGCAGUUUGUCUUUCAGCAGAUGGAAUCCGGCCUCAUUUCAAGAAAGUGAUUUCCUCACAGAAGAACUAGAGUAA